GACCAGCGUGCCAUGGAUUGGCGCAGACUCUGGACUACUCAGCGGCUGCAGCGGCACUCCACAUCUGCCUUCAUCGAACUGAGAGACGAACCCCAGACACCAUUUACAAAAGAAAUCAACAGCAGAUUGAAGAACCAUGGUUGUCCACAAAGAGUUCCAGACGGCGGGGAAAGAGCCCGGCCUGCAGGUGUGGCGUGUGGAGAAGAUGGACCUGACGCCCGUGCCAAAGCAGCUCUAUGGAAACUUCUACACUGGGGACGCCUACAUCCUUCUUUACACCACCUCCGCCCCCUCCUACUACAUCCACAUGUGGCUGGGUAAUGAGUGCUCCCAGGAUGAAAGUGGUGCUGCUGCCAUCUUUGCCACCCAGCUGGAUGACUUCCUGGGAGGCGGCCCAGUUCAGUUCCGGGAGGUCCAGAACAAUGAGUCUCUCAGUUUCCUUGGUUAUUUCAAGUCUGGAAUCAAAUACAAGAAAGGUGGGGUGGCGUCGGGUUUCCAGCAUGUGGUGACCAACGACAUGAACGUGAAACGCCUGCUGCACAUCAAAGGCCGUCGGGCCAUCAGGGCGUCUGAGGUCAACAUGGCCUGGGCCAGCUUUAACCGCGGAGACUGCUUCAUCAUCGACCUGGGCAAGGAUAUCUACCAGUGGUGCGGUAGCGAGUGCAACCGCUUUGAGCGUCUGAAAGCCUCUCAGGUGGCGAUAGACAUCCGUGACAACGAGCGAAAUGGCCGUGCAAAGCUGGAGAUGGUGGAGGAAGGAGCAGAGCCGCAGGCCAUCAUUGAUGCACUCGGGCCCAAACCCAAUAUUGCUGCAGGAACUCCCGACGAUGAGAAUGUCGACAGAGCCAACAAGAAGAAGGGUGUUCUCUAUAUGAUCUCUGAUGCCGCAGGCACCAUGAAGACAUCUCUGGUGGCCCAGGCAAGCCCCUUCAAACAGGAAAUGCUCUCUCCCGGCGAGUGCUACAUUCUGGACAACGGUGUGGACAACAAGAUCUUCCUGUGGAAAGGGCCAACUGCAAGUACUGCUGAGAGAAAGGCUGCUAUGAAGGCUGCUGAGCAGUUCAUCAAAGAGAAGAACUACUCAAAGAACACCCAGAUCCAAGUGAUGCCGGCUGGUGGAGAGACAACUCUGUUCAAGCAGUUCUUCUCCGACUGGAAGGACAAGGACCAGACCACUGGCCCUGGCCAGGCCUACACUAUUGGGCGCAUCGCUCGCAUUGAGCAGAUCCCCUUCGACACCGCCUCCCUCCACUCCAACAAAGCCAUGUCAGCUCAGCACGGCAUGGUGGAUGAUGGCACUGGGAAGGUCCAGAUCUGGCGUGUGGAGGGAGGGGAGAAAGUUCCUGUGGAACCCUCCAGCUAUGGCGGGUUCUUCGGAGGAGACUGCUAUCUGAUCCUCUACUCCUACCGCUUGGGAGGACGGGAGCAGCACAUCAUCUACACCUGGCAAGGACUGAAGUGCACUCAGGAUGAGCUGGCUGCCUCAGCCUUCAUGACUGUGAAACUGGAUGACUCCAUGGGCGGGGCUCCUGUGCAGGUGCGUGUCACUCAAGGCCAAGAGCCCGCUCACCUGAUGAGCCUGUUCAAGGGCAAGCCAAUGAUCAUCCACCUAGGCGGGACCUCCCGUAAGGGGGGCCAGAGCCGCGCUGGGAGCACCCGCCUCUUCCACAUCCGCCAAAGCUCCACCCGGGCCACCCGUGCAGUGGAGGUGGAGCCCUCUGCUGCCUCCCUGAACACCAACGACGUAUUCGUGCUGAAGACACCGGACUCCAUGUUCCUGUGGAGGGGCGUGGGGGCCACGGAGGAGGAGAUGGCCGGUGCCAAAUAUGUCACCAGCUUCCUGGGAGGAAGCGCAACUGAGGUGGCGGAGGGCAAAGAGCCUGCUGCGUUCUGGUCUGCCUUGGGCGGGAAGCGGGAGUAUCAGACCUCUCGAUCUCUUCAGAACACAGUGAAAACCCCACGCCUCUUCGGCUGCUCCAACAAGACCGGACGCCUCAUUGCUGAGGAGGUUCCCGGAGAUUUCAAUCAGUCUGAUUUGGCCACUGAUGAUGUGAUGCUCCUGGACACCUGGGAGCAGAUCUUCCUCUGGAUUGGCAAUGAGGCCAAUGAAGUGGAAAAAACUGGGUCGGCUAAAAUCGCCAAAGAGUAUGUGGACUCUGAUCCUGCCGGCCGGCACGGCACUCCUGUCGUCACCAUCAAGCAGGGCGCAGAGCCUCCAACCUUCACCGGCUGGUUCCAAGCCUGGGACGCCAAAAUGUGGGAAACAGACCCUCUGGAGCGCAUCCGGGCUCGCUUCUAAAGCGCUUAAACCCUCACCACAUCCAAGCACCCUCCCGCAUGGCCAAACCCCCACCCCACCCACUCGUUUUCUCUUCUAAAGAGAUCUGAAGGCAUUCAGCUGCAGCUUGGCCUUCAGUUUAAACUUUCCAUGCAACAGCACUGCUUGAAACAGUUCUUCAUACAAUAUAUAGUCUCUUGUUUUUACUUUGUUUUUUAUAUAUAUAUAUUUGUUAGAUCAUGUGCUAAGUGCCAAAACCAGAACACAUGAAGUUCAGGAUUUUUAAAAAGAGUUUUUAAAGUAUUUUUAGAUGAUGGAUAAGUUUUGUGCAUAAUUGUAUCUCAAACAGUUUCUAAGAUUCCAAAUUGUAAACAUGCCAUGAUGCUUAAAUGCAUCCAGUCAGUAUAUGCAACAUCACCCUUAGAGGUGAUGUCGGGCCUUUAUGCAGUUUAUUCUCUUUUUGUGCCUUGGAGUUCUUUUUAUGAAAAUGUAUCUGAUUUUUAAAACAUGUAACAGUAGCUAAUAAAAACAAACUGUCUUUUGCUA